AUGGAGUUUGCUGACAAAAUUAGAAUACCGAAGUUGAACGGCGUGACUAUGAGAGGUCCACACAUAUCCAACACUAGUACUGGGACACUAGUCAUUACUGGUCAUCAUUUAAUAUUUUCAUCAAGAUCUGAGGACGUUGAACUAUGGAUUUUAAACCGGAAUAUUGACAUUGUAGAGAAAAAACUAAAUACAAUUACUUUAAAGUGUAAGGACUUUAGAAUUAUUGUUUUUGAUAUGCCGUACAUUGAACAAGCUACCUCAGUUGCUGCUUCUAUUGAAUCACUCAUAAUGACAGAUGAAGCAGAUUACCUACACCAUAUGUUUUCAAAUAAAAGUAAUGAAUAUCGUUCACCGUUUGAUGUGCAAUCUCAAUGUGAAAAACUAGUUGCUGGUGAUUCAAUGUGGAGAAUAUCUCAAGUCAAUAAAUCUUAUAGGGUUUGUAGUACCUACCCAGAAUUGACUGUUGUUCCAUCUAAUGUUGAUGAUACCAUGUUGAUUGCUUCUGCUAAGUUUAGGCAAAAUGGUAGAUUUCCAGUUUUGAGCUAUCGUCAUGAAAAAGGCAGUGUGUUAAUGAGAAGCAGUCAGCCUUUAGUUGGCUCAAGUUCUAAACGUUGUAAACAAGAUGAACGUGUUAUAAACUCGGUUCUUGGCCCUGGAAAAAGAGGGUAUAUAAUUGAUACCCGGAGUGUUGCUAAUGCUACAAAUGCUAAAGCUCGUGGAGGUGGAUUUGAAAUGGAAGCUCACUAUCCUCAGUGGAGACGAGUAAAUUCAGCUCUUGAACGCCAUAAUGUUUUAUUGGACAGCUUGUCAAAAAUAGUUGAAGCUUGUAAUGAUACAACGUGUACUAUAGAGCGAUGGCUUAACAAAUUAAAUGGUAGUGAAUGGUUGUCCCAUGUCAAAGAUACAUUAAAUGCCGCAUGUUUAGUUGCACAAUGUUUAAAUAAAGAGCGAGCUUCAGUAUUGGUACAUGGAUCAGAGAGCACAGAUGCGACAUUGGUUUUAAUAUCAUUAACUCAAUUGAUAUUAAAUCCAGAAUGUCGAACAAUUGUAGGAUUUGAAUCACUAAUUGAGAGAGAAUGGCUUCAAGCUGGACACCCAUUCGAAACUCGCCAUAAAAGUGGUUGUUAUAAUGCAGCUCGUUCAAAAGUAUCUUCGUCAUCUUCAUCAAAAGUUUUCCAUCAUGGAUCAGGCGCCACUUUUUUAUUAUUUCUAGACUGUACAUGGCAAAUACACAAUCAAUUUCCAUGCUGCUUUGAGUUUUCAACAAAUUUUUUAUCAUCACUAGUUGAUCAUUCAUACUGUUCAGAUUUUAGUACAUUUUAUGGUAAUUGUGAGUCUGAUCGGAAAAAUAAUCAAUGUGGAAAACCAAAUUUAUGGUCGCACUUUGAUCAAAAAAUUGAUGAAAUUAUUAAUCCUCUAUACCUACCUACAAAUAAUGUGAUUUGGCCUUCUGUUGCUCCAUUUAGUAUAGAAUUAUGGCGAGAUAUGUACUUAAGAUGGUCUAUUGAUCAAACACACCAAAAGAAGUAUAAAAAAUCAAUUGAUGAUUUAAUAAAGCGGAACAAGGAGUUAAAAGUCUUAGCAACAAAAUUACGCAACGAGACUCAAGAUUCUGGUAACAAAUCUACAUAA